UUUAGGAAACCUGGAUUUCACAGGGGAGAUGAAAGUGAGAGUGUAGUUUCUUACACUGAAUAUAUAUGGAAGAAGCAAGGUUUCGUUGGUACAAGUAUCUUCAUGGAGAAGUUCACAUGGAAGCUGUAGAGGCAGGAGUUGUAAGAAGUCUUGAAGUAAGGGGCUAGGAAUCAUUAAUUUCAUGUGGAAAUGGUCUCCAGAAAAUUAGUUUCUAGAACUGUAUGCAUAGAAAAUUUGUUGAGUCUCUAGCAGAAUCUGGAGGCGGGUGUCUUGGGAGACUAUAGGAGAGAAGGAUGCUAUCAGUAGUUUUUACAAACUACGCUUGAUUUGUUUCUUAUUCUAAGACAGGAACUUCUGUAAAAUGUAUUUAAAUUUAUGUUUUUCUAUAUGGAAUUGUAUAUGGAAUAUUUCUAUAUGGAAUCUCAUAGUCUUUUUAAUGUUUGAAUUCUUUUUUUCUUCCUGUGGAGAUAAUAGUUCAAACUACACAUUUCAAGCACAAACAAUGCACAGCUGUUAAUGAGAAAUAUAUUGCAGAAACAUUUUGUUUCUAAACAGACUUACUGGGCUUCUGAGUUACUGCCAGUGAACCACAAAGAAUUUCACCUGAGUGUUUUACAAGAGAAUGAGAAAACAAAUGUCUUGGAUGUCUCACAUCCUAAAUUACUCUAACUAGUUGUUAUGAACUAAUUUGUAGUAAUUAACUAGUGGCCUGCAAAGAAAUUCAGAUCUUUACUUAGGGAAACAGAACGGAAACUGAAGUUUCUUGGCUUUUUCUUAGGGCUGUAUGAAAGAAUAACAAUAUUUGGAAAGGUAAAAUAUGAUAAUAUAUUCAAAGUUGAUUGUAUCAUGUUAGAAAUAGUCAUAUAUUGACAAAUGUGGGUUUUCUAUAAGUAAUAAGUAAUUUCUUGUGCACGCUUUCUCAGAAGUUACUGCUGGGGAUGUGUGCAGGUUAUUCAUAGCUUUGAUGAAUUCUAUAUUGAGAAAUGUGUUCUGCAUUGAGAAAUAGAUGAAAAUGGCCCUUCAGAUAAAUGGAAAUAUCUAAAAAAUGUUAUAUAUAUUCUCCAUAUUAGAUAUAUAAUCUGCUGAAGAGUGUGUAAGCUUUCUGUGUAGUUGGAACAUUCCUUAUUCUAGAACAUUAACACUAGGGCUUACUAUUUUUUCUCUUUUUGUUGUUGCACCAACUGUUACAGCCCUCUUUCUGCCUUAGUGUUCCAGCUUUCACCUUUUUUUUCCUCUCUAUAGCAACACUGUUUCUCAGCAACUGGGAGAUGCUUUGCAAAGGCCCCUCAGUUGAAAAAUAUUGCACUCCAAUGAUAAGAAGAAUUGGCUUUGAAACAAAGAUCAAAGAAGUUUUAUCUUGAAUUAUUAAAGAUAUUUAUUACUAAUUAAUUAGUGUUUUCUGUUUUGACUGCUUAGACAAUUACCUGAUGCUUUGAUCUGGGCUGUUGCUAGGCAUUUGUUAAGAAGAGCAUUCAUUUAAAAGCAAAACCUUUAGAACUAUGUCUUGAAGUCAACUUUUAAGUGCUACAAAACUACUGGACUUCUCUGAAGGUGUUUUCUGACCUAUGGGCUUUUAGCAGCUAGCUGAGAUAAAGGUAAGCGCUGUUACUCUAUUUACGAGGAGAUGGUAGUUUCAGCCUUUGAAUACAACAUGGAACGUUUUCACCUUUUUAAGGAAACAGAAGUAAUUGUAGUUUAUUUUAUGCAUAUUUAAAAUAUUGCUCAUACAUUGUCUGACUCAUUUCUAAAGAAGGAAGGCUUCUGUGGUCAAGUCAAUUGAUCUGUUGAGAGAUUUCUGCCUUACUUGAUCAGAUUUGUCUUUCUCUGUAUUUUAACUUAAUUGUGCAGUAUGCUUAAAAAUGCAUUUUAUUUGCUACAGAAAAUAUUCUGAGAACCUGUAUAGACAUACAAAAUACUCAUAGGUAGUUAAAGCAUGUUGCUUUUCUUGCACUUUACAGUAGGGUGCCAGAAUAAGGCGACUCUCAUUCUGCACUUAACAAUAGUUGAGUUAAUGGGAUUAGAAUUUAUAAUUAUACAAUUUCUUUCCCGUACAUUUGUAACCAAUUUUAUAAUUCUUUUUUGUUUUAUGGAAUUGUUCUUAGCUAUUAGUAAAGGGCACAUACAUCCAAAAACACUGACUGAAAUAGUUAUCAGUGAUCAUUAUUAAUUCAGAUGUGACGUUUUAGUAGAUGGAUGAUCUUUUUCCUUCAUAUUGUAUUCAUUAUGAGGUAGAUAUGCUAACAGUGGAGUAGAUCCCUCUCAUUUCAGCCGAACAGUCCUACUGCAGUCAAGAGCUGGACUAUCUGUAGAGUUUUGUACACUAAAAUAAAGACUAUAUAUGUUAAUAAUGUCUUCCAUAAAUGGGUAUAGCACAUCUGACAUUAUGAUGGUGUAUCAUGACCACUAGUUGAGUAAAACACUUAAGCAUGUACUUAACUUUGAUACCUUCCUUGAGCACUAUAGUACAAAUGUAUGAUGUAUUUAUCUGUAUGAGUAAUUUAUAGGGUAAGCAUUUCACUGUACUGGAUGGAGAGCUCAUUAUCCUACGUAAGUAUCAAGUGCUAAUAUAUUAUGCACACUGUUAAACUCAGUGAAGUCAAUGGAGCUGUUCUUAUUAGGGUGAGUAAACUGAAUUCUAAUAUAGGUGAAUUAAGCCUGUGCAUUUUUAUAUUUAUCUUCUUGUUUUAUUUUACUUACCUUUGGCAGAGAGACAAAAGGAGGAAAAAAGAGGCAAGUUAUGUUUUUAUACAUCUGCCAUUUAUCAUACAUGUAGAGUUGAGGUUGCUAUAUGUGGCUUAUGUUUAAUUCAUUGCUUAGGAUUCCCUGAUUUCAGUGAUUUCCCUACGUUGAUUUUUCUGUCAAAGUAUGUGGAGACAUAUAAUGCUGCACCCAUUUUAGGAGUAAUUGCAUAAGCAAAGUUGUAUGCCUACAUAAAUGUUGAGCAGAACUGCAAUCUUGCAGAACUCAAGGUUGAAUCCAAGCUGCAAACCCUGCUAAAGGAAGAAAACAGAGGGAUGCUGGAAAAGGAACAGAGGUGUUUCUUUCAAACAGGAACUUAAUAGAAAUGGUGGCAUUAUACUCUAUAAUGAGGAAGUAAUAAAAGCAAGUCUGAAUCCCAUCAUUUUAAAUAUUUAUAGGUUAUUUAGAGACUGAAACACAGAGUUGCAACUUUCACCAAAUAUGAUGAUGAACAAUAAAUUUAUUAUAGAUUUAACGAUUAUAGAUCUUUAUGCUUCAUAAUUGGCCAAUAUUCUAUCAUGUUUCUGGCAAAUGAUCAGUGACUCACUGCAAAAAUGUCAAGAAAUGUCAAGCAGUGAAAGCUUGGGUAAAUUUUGUUUUAAUAGUGAAUUUAUUGUUUAGACUUGAGAUAGUUUUCAAUUCUUUAAUUUUUAUUUCUACUGAGUUUCCAUUUCUUUUCUACUGUGAUCUAUAUAAAUAAAUAUAUAUGUAUAGCCUUUAGUAUCUUCAGUAACUUAGGCCUGUUACACCUAGUGUUUUUCAACUGUAAUACUAGCUGACAGUUUCUAUACUAAAUUCAGAUUUAUAUUUUUAUGUUUAAAAAUAUAAUGUAGUUUAAAGCGUAAAAGACAUAAGUUCUGACAGGAAAAUUUGUUUCUGUUAUUAUCAGUGACACAACUACUUUUGCAUUCAGGGAUGUGCUAGGAAGCUUCCUUCUUCACUUCCUUCUGAGAUCAAAAAAGGAAUACUGUCAGCUUACCUGACCACUUUGGUUUGAAAAUUCUAGAAUAUAGACUUGCAAGCAAUUGCAAUCACUGAAUCUUGAGAGCAGCCUGGUGUAAGGGUAUACUUUAGCUAUCUUGAAAUUAUACCAUGUGGACUAUGUGGUAAUCCUACUUGUAAACACUGGACUCCUGAAUGGUCAAAGAUCUCAUUCCUGUUCUUCAACUGCUCUGGGAACAGUUUUCUCCUUCAUGCAAUUUUGCAGUUAGUACAGUUGCCGCUACUUUAUCCUGAGCAGAGAUUCUGCAAAUUUGUGGUGUUUCUCCAUACCCGACACCAAAUUUACUAUGUUAGUUUAUAUAAUUCUGUUUAAUUUCAUCUAUGAAAUGCAUUCAGUACAUUUUUCAGUUUGUAAGGUUUGGUUGGAAUGGUUCAAUAUGCCUCAAUAAUGUGAUUUUGCACUUUGAUUUUUUUCAUUAUAGAAUGUCUAAUACCAUCUGCUCACUUAAAAUGAAUCCAGACUUGCAGGAGGCUUUCAAUGACAUUCAGAGCUCCGUCUACAGAACAGCCUUAAAACUACGCUCACUACAAAGUCUGUGCCAAUUGGAUUUGAUUGAUGUUUCUCUGAUUCAGCAUGUCUUAUCAAGUGAACAGAAACAGAGGGAAAAGCAGAUUUCUCUGAAAGUGCAGCAGCUCUCUGGAAUGCUGAAGGAGCUGUUUGAAAGAGCAAGGUUAGAAAAACCAGGCCAGGUAGAUCCAAGAGCUGCCGAAUUCACACUGAGCCUGCUAGAAGCCAUGUAUGACAGAUCUGGAACAGGUCAUAUCAAAACUAGAUCUGCUGCAGCUGCCCUAAUUGCCCUUUCAAGAGACACUCUACUUGCUAAAUACAGAGCUUUUUUUGAGUUUUAUGCUGUUCCUGAUGGGAAGAAGGCCUUGAUUACCCGCAGUGCUCUGAGAGGCCUGCUAACAGACUUGAAUCAGAUCCCAGCCGCUGUAGGAGAAGGCUGCACUUCGUCUUGUGUGGAAAUUGCUACUCACAGCUGUUUCCAUGGGGUUCUGAAGUCAGGAAUUGUUGAAGAAAAAUUCCUGUCUUGGCUGAGAUCAGGACCUACUCUUCUGCAAUGGCUCCCUACAUGUUACAGAUUAUCAGCCACGGAAAUGGUUUCUCACCGUGUUAGAUGUAGAGUCUGCAAAACUUUCCCCAUAACAGGCCUCAGGUAUCGCUGUCUGAAGUGCCUCAAUUUUGACCUUUGCCAGGUCUGCUUUUUCACCGGCCGUCACAGCAAGCCACAUAAGAGUUCACAUCCUGUUGUGGAACACUGUGUGCAGAUGUCAGCAAAGGCGAAUGCAAAGCACUUUCUCUGCACUGUGAGAAACAACCUAUUUCAAGACUGCUGCAGAAGAAAGGAGGCUCAGGGAGGGAAGGUUCUGGAGAUAACGGAGGAGAGGCAUUUCCCUACUCACAAGAAUAUUCUUCCCCCAGCAGAACUCAGUGCUUCACCAUUCCUUAGACGUGAAAACCUGUCUCUGCCAGUGAACAACCCUAUUCUGGAAUCACCCAAGUUUACAUCCAAAAACAGAACUGUACUGCACAAGAAUGACAAUAACAGCAAGAUACUGGAGCAAGGCAAGACAAAAAUUCAGGCAAUUUCAUCUUUUGAAGCAGAUGUGUUAAAAAUGCAUGGUUCCAUCAAAAGUAUUCACAAUAAGAGCAGGUACAUGAAGAAGCAGUUGAAUAAAUGGAAGCACAAAAUGCAAUUUCUUCAUAACUGCCAGGAGGACAAAAGCUUCAAAAUAGAGGCAAAACUCCAAAGCCUGAGAGCAAGCCAUGAAAACCUGCAAAUGGAGCUAUGUAAAAUGAAGCAAGAAGUAAAGACAGUGUUACAGUCAACAGCACAUCCUUCAUUUUCACUGUGUCAGAAUAUGAUACCAGGAGAUCAGCAUGUUCUUCAGGAAAGCAAAAUGCAGGGUGGAUUAAAUCCUGUUCAGAUAAAGCCCAUUUCUAGAACAAGUUCAGAUUGGAAAGCUUUGAAUCACGUCAACUCUGCAAAUAGAAUACAGGCUUUAGAGUCAUCUGAGGCUCCUGCUACAGUGGACAUCAUGUUCUCAGAAGACCCGGUGAAGUCAGUGACCUUGCAGAGUGACAGAGUUUUUAUGGGACAGUUUAAAAAAAUAAAAGAUAAUCAUACAUAUCUCCCUGAAUUGAUGGAAAACUACGACAGUGGCACCAUAAGGAAUACAGCUCUUACUCCCGCUGCGAUACAGGUACCAUCUGAUAAGACAGAAUUCUGCGAUGAAGUGGAACUGCAGCAGCUAGUGAUGAAAUUGAUGGAUGCAUUGUCUCUUCAAGCCCAACCAGAUCAACAGUCAGCUUUGAAGCAGCAUUUCUUCUCUACAGCUGAACGUGUUUGCAGAUCCUUCUCUGAUCUCAUCAACCACGUAACUGCCAGCUUGGAAGUGACAGAAAAUGGCAUUCACCUUACAGCUCCACUGAACUACUGAAGGAGGCCCCAGCUUAUAAUAAAUGAAUCAGUAUCAAACAGCGUCCUCCAGCUGUGAUUUUAUGCCAAAUCAUUGAGAUCUGGAUGAAGUAAGACCUCGUCAUAAAACAGAAUUAAGCUGUGAGUCCUUCAGAGAGAAGAAAAUCUCUGAGGUACUGGAAUAACACCCAUUAGGCUGAUAUUACUUCAGUGUCUCAAUCCGUUCUCUCUGUACUGCAGAUAAAUUUGAGGUGAGCAAAUAUUUUAUUAUUAUUAUUAUUAUUUUAGGUCAAC